AUGACUGAAUUCGGCGGUAUCGGACGUACAGGGACUUUGUGUAGUGGUAUCCUUUAUUGCUUUGGAGCAGUCCUAACCCCAUUAAUGGACAAGCACCCAUGGAUCACCAAAUGGGGACCGACACUAGGUACCAUAAUUUGUUCAGCGUCUUGUUUGGCUGCAGGAUACUCAAGCAAGGUAGGAAAACUACAUGAUCUGAUAAUCCGCAUGAUAUGCCGAAUGUUUACGUAUUUAAUAGCCUUGGCAACUUAUAUUGUCACAAGGCUUGAUGUACGGAUUUGGGGGCUCAUUACUCUAGUUUUGCCUUUUUGGCGGAAUGGAGCUUCUGCAUUUGGUCUCGUAUACCCACCAGUAUUGGAAUGGUCUUUGAAGAAAUACGGAAGUGCUAUCACAUAUAGAGCAUUCGCAGUAUUUUGGCUUGUUGUAAUUUUACCAAUGAUCCCAUUCUUUCAUGGUAGACUACCAAUGGCUCACAGGAGAAAUCCUCAAAACCUAUUUAUGUCUCGUUAUCUCAAAAGACCACUUUUUUGGGCUUUCAUGUUGGUGACCCUUAUUCAAAGCCUGGCUUUCUUUGUACCAUCAUUAUAUAUGCCAGCCUACGCAACUAUCAAAGGACUUCCAGGAGGAAUGGUUUUAGCUCUAUACUCAGGUGCAAGUAUAUUUGGGCAGUUACUAGUUGGCACUAUCAGUGACCACUUCGACAGCAGCUGGUUAAUUGGUAUCACCUCGAUGUGUAGUGGUAUCAGUAUACUGGGUUUAUGGGGCCACUGUAACGGUUUUCCAAUGCUUGCCAGCUUUGCCGUCAUCUAUGGUCUAAGUGCUGGAGGAUUCUCGUGUCUUUGGCAGCGUUUUGCAAUGCUUGUAGCUCCCUCAGAACCAAAGGCUGGUAACCUAAUUUCAUUCUUUGCAACUUCACGUGGGAUCGCGAACGUCUUAACCGGACCGAUUGCGGGAGCCUUGGUACAAAACAGUUCAUCAGCGGUACAAGGUUAUCAAACCUUGGUAUAUUAUAGUGGAACGCUGAUGUUAAUAUCUUCUAUUGGAGUUGGUAUCAGAGUAUUAUACACCACCAAGGAAAAUUUGUAG